AUUCAGUAGCCCUCGUAGUUCAAUUAUACGUGUUAAGCAGGUGGGGUCGCCAUUUCUGUUUGCUUAUGUGUGGAAUCGCCCUGGCUGUAACAUUUAAAUAUUACCCGCGUUAAUUACGUGCUUAAUGAUUAGGGAGGGGAACAUAUAAAUUACCCAGCACUGCCCUCUAGAGCCUGUGAUUUAAACAUGAGUGGCAGAAAGAAGAUGAUUGGAGGAGAUGAGGGGCAAAAUAUCCCACAAAUGUCCCGGCUCCACAAAGCAAGUGAAAAAUGUCUACACAGCAGCCUUGGCAGUACCCUUGCUGGUCCACAGGAAAAACCUGAUUCUUCUCAACUCUCUGGGUCAUGUAUGCAGCUUUUGCAGCUUAGAAAACAAAUAAAACAACAGUUAACAGAUAUGAGGACAGAUCUUCAAAUAAGAUCACUUCCUAAAGAACACAUCGAUAGUUCACUUAAUGUAAGUCUAAAAAUGGCUCACCUUCCACUAGAACAGGAGGUGUGUUCGAUAAGGAACAAAGAAUUGGCUCUUGCAAGAAUGCAGUCUUGCAGUGCUAUACUGAAUGUCCUGCAGAAAGACUCCACACAAAAUUGUUCCAUAAAGGCAGUCAUGGCACAUUGUAUGGAUACUUGUCAGAAAAUUCAGGCUGUCCAGACAAGCAACAGACAGUUGGAAGAGAAGCUCGCUGACAUACGCCAACGCAGAAUGGAAAUCCGGAUUAAACAACAGGAUCUUUUCAACCAAGUAAAAUCUUGUGAAGAAAAAAAGAAUAGACUUCAUGAUCUGGAAAUGAAGGCUCAAGUUCUAGGCAGGGAGAACAUGGAAAGCGUUGCAAACAAAGUGAUCAUUAUUCAGGAGAUUUUACAGAGAUUUGUUCUAAGUGCACAGGUAAACUGGGCAGAAGACCCAUAUCUAACAGGUCUGCUGCUGAAGAUUAAAGAUUCUCCCUUAUCCUAACAAAAUGGAUUUUGUAUUCCUUGAAGAACUUUCAUGCAAUGAAAAAAAAAUGGCAUUUUAUAAAAUAUAGCCUUAUUUAGAACAUGUAUGUUUCUAUAGGUGUUGAUAUUUUAUGGUUGUUUGUAUGUUCUGCAUUGUAAUAAAGUAAUGUUGACAGUAUAUCUAUGUAAAUUAAUCCCCCUGACAUUGCCAUA